AUGAUUACACCAAAACCUGUAGAAAAAGAAACACUUACUAUUGUUUGUCAAUUUGAUGGUACACCGGAAGAACCAUUCACAUUUCUACACAAUGAACAACCAAUUGUACCAGAUUCUCGUGUCACUACUACUGUAGAAGAUAAUAAAUACACAAUUGUUGUAAAAGAUCUUCGUCCGGAAGAAGAUGAAGGUGUUUAUUCACUUAAAUCCGAUCAUUUGAUUCUUGAUACACCAUCAAUCACUGUCGUUCCUGAAGAAAAGAAACCACAAACUCAAACGACAACUGUCAAAGAAGAAGAAGUAACUCUCACAACCGUGCCAGAAGAGCAACAACCAAAAGCAGAAGAGAAAGAGACACCGAAAAAAGAAUUACCUGUACACGAAGUCGAAGAAACAAGUACUGUAACGCUAACUCUUGAGAAACCUCAGACUACGAAACCAGAAGACGUCAUCUUGCUUAAAGAUGGACAAGAGUUACACCCAUCGGAUCAUGUAAAAGUUACUCCCACAUCACCAACAACAACAGAAGUUCAAAUUAUCAAAGUGGAACCAGAAGAUGAAGGCGAUUAUACAGUCGAAGUGGAUGGUGUUGAACAACCACUUGUGCGACUUAAAGUUCAUCCCAAACCUGUUAUUCGACAAGAAAUACAAUUACCAAAAGUACAAUUCAAUGAAAAAGAAACACUUACUAUUGUUUGUCAAUUUGAUGGUACACCUGAAGAACCAUUCACAUUUCUACACAAUGAACAACCAAUCGUACCAGAUUCUCGUGUCACUACUACUGUAGAAGAUAAUAAAUAUACAAUAGUUGUAAAAGAUCUUCGUCCGGAAGAAGACGAAGGUGUUUAUUCACUUAAAUCAGAUCAUUUGAUUCUCGAUACACCGUCCAUUACUGUUGUUCCUGAAGAAAAGAAACCUAAAACAGAAACAACGACUGUAGAAGAAGAAACGGUUACAGUUGUUACCGAAGAAGAACAACCGCAAACAGUCGUUGAAGAAGUAGAAGAAGUAGCGCGAAUGCCAGAAGAGAUAAAGCCUGAAGAAGAAGUCGAAGUUCCAAUUCAAGAAGUUCAAGAAGGUACUACUGUUACUCUAACAGUACAAAUACCUGAAGGUACAAAACAUAAAAUAAUAAUACUACUGAAAAACAAGCAGCCAGUCAAACCUUCAGAACGUAUCAAAAUCACGGAAAUAUCACCGACAACUAUCGAAAUCGAAAUAAUUAAAGCGAAACCGCAAGAUGAAGGCAAAUACAGCGUUCUCAUUAAUAAAAAAGAACAACCAAUAAUACGACUGAAAGUUAUUCCUAAACCAGUUGUUCAUCAGAAAAUGGAUAUACCUCAAACAACGUUUAAGGAAGGAGAAACAUUGACUAUCAUAUGUGAAUUUGAUUCUACACCUGAAGAAACAUUCACCUUUCAACACAAUGAACAACCAAUUAUACCAGAUUCUCGUGUCACUACUACUGUAGAAGAUAAUAAGUAUACAAUUGUUGUAAAACAUCUUCGCCCAGAGGAAGACGAAGGUGUUUAUACACUUAAAUCGGAUCAUUUGAUUCUUGACACGCCGUCAAUUACUGUUGUUCCUGAAGAAAAGAAGCCACAAACUGAAAGGACAACUAUCGAAGAAGAAGAAGUGACUGUCACAACAGUAACGGAAGAGGAACAACCGAAACUAGAAAAGAAGGAGACGCCGAAAAAAGAAUUACCCGUACAUGAAGUCGAAGAAACAAGUACUGUAACACUAACUAUUGAAAAACGUCAGGCUACUAAACAAGAGGAUGUCGUCUUACUUAAAGAUGGAGAAGAAUUAAAACCUUCCGAUCAUGUAAAAGUUACUCCAACAUCACCAACAACAACGGAAAUUCAAAUUAUCAAAGUGAAACCAGAAGAUGAAGGCGAUUAUACAGUUGAAGUCGAAGGUGUUGAACAACCACUUGUGCGACUUAAAGUUCACCCGAAACCUGUUAUUCGACAAGAAAUACAAUUACCAAAAGUACAAUUCAAUGAAAAAGAAACACUUACUAUUGUUUGUCAAUUUGAUGGUACACCUGAAGAACCAUUCACCUUUCUACACAAUGAACAACCAAUUGUACCAGAUUCUCGUGUCACUACUACUGUAGAAGAUAAUAAAUAUACAAUUGUUGUAAAAGAUCUUCGUCUGGAAGAAGAUGAAGGUGUUUAUUCACUUAAAUCAGAUCAUUUGAUUCUCGAUACACCGUCCGUUACUGUUGUUCCUGAAGAAAAGAAACCUAAAACAGAAAGAACGACUGUAGAAGAAGAAACGGUUACAGUUGUUACCGAAAAAGAACAACCGCAAACAGUCGUUGAAGAAGUAGAAGAAGUACCGCGAAUGCCAGAAGAGAUAAAGCCUGUAGAAGAAGUCGAAUUCCCAAUUCAGGAAGUUGAAGAAGGUACUACUGUUACGUUGACAGUACAAAUGCCGGAAGGUAUAACGCAUAAAAUAAUAAUACUACUCAAAGACAAGCGACCUGUGAAACCUUCAGAACGUAUCAAAAUCACGGAAACAUCACCAACAACUAUCGAAAUUCAAAUAAUUAAAGCUAAACCUCAAGAUGAAGGAAAAUAUAGCGUUCUCAUUGAUAAAAAGGAACAACCAGUUAUACGACUGAAAGUUAUUCCUAAACCAGUUGUUCAGCAAACAAUGAAUAUAUCUCAAACAACGUUUAACGAAGGAGAAACAUUGACUAUCACAUGUGAAUUUGAUUCUACACCUGAAGAAAGAUUCGAAUUUUUACGAAAUGAAAAACGUCUUAAACCUGAUGAUCGAAUUUCAACUAUUGUUGAAGAUAAUAAAUAUACAAUUGUAGUAACAGAUCUUCGUCCCAAAGUAGAUGAAGGUGUUUAUACACUGAAAUCGGAUCAUUUGAUAUUGAAUACACCUCCCAUUGUGGUGUUGCAAGUGAAGGAAAAAGAAGAAUCAAAAGAAACAGUGAACGUCAUGGAAGAAGUGGAAGAAGAAACUAUCGUAAUUGAACCGGGAAAGAAACCGGAAGUCGUCGAUAUCGAAGUUAUAGAAAAAGAAACGGAAGAAUUACCGGAAAUCACCACAACAAUAACCAAGACAGAGGAAACGAUAGAUGAAGAAAAACCGGCAAUCAAAACAAUGUUGACUGCUGAAGAAUCAGGACCUAUUGAAUUGCCAACUGUUACGGAAAAGUUUGAAGAGGAUGAAAACAUUGUCGUAGAAGAAGCGCCUGAAUUGAAAAUAACGAAAGAAAUCGAAGAAGAAACUCUGACUGUAACCGGAACAGUGGAAGAAAAAACGCCGACACCUACUGUGGACACAAGCACGGAAGAAAUCACUCGUAUUGAAACAAUUGAAGAACAACUGACCGAAGAAACAAAACCAGAAGAAAAGAAAGAAAUUAAAACUGCUCAAGAUAUCAUAUCAGAACAGCCAAUCGAGGCAACUCCAGCUGACCAACCAACCAUGGCAACUGAACAAACCGAACAAAUCACUGUAAAUAUUGAUAAUCUAAUAUCCCAUAAAGCAACGGUUGAUUACUUCAAUGUAGCGAAAAAUUUAACAAAUUGA